AUGGAUCAAGACCGGCCGCGUGCACCAAGAACAGAUCUUCCAAACUGGAUGAUGCCCCAAGGAAAGCAAAACAAAAUGGGUAUUGUUCCGGCAGCUCGAAAAUCUACAUCCGCUAUACCGGCUUUUUCUUCAUUUAGAAAUCGUCGGCUACCACCAUGUCCGAAUGCUCGGAAUUAUUUUUCUACUACCAUAAUGCAUCAUGAACCACUUCGCACAAAUCGCAUUCGCCAACCAACGUUUUACAAUAAAAGUUUUUGUCAACGUCCACCAACACUGCGAAACCAGCAGAGAUCUGUUUUUCAAACAGGAUCAUCGUCAAAUUUUAACAGUUAUACGAACAUUUCAAAUUAUAUUCCACCGCGUCCGCUAUGUACGUAUGCUCCUCCAUUAACAUCAAAUCAAGAUAUGGCGCCAAGAUUAGCGCAUACGAACGGACUA